CUGCCUUCGGGGUUUGAAUAGACCUUUUGAGUCGCUUGAAAUAUUUUGUUUGACUUCAGUGAUGAUGAUCAUCUGUGAUCACCCGUGUUGUUAAUGUCCGUCUGAAGAAGAAACUGAAGACUUCUUAACUUUCAAUGAUGUCGUUGAAGGAAUACAAACUACUUACAACACAAACAGACGAUGAAUCGGAAGACCUUGAGAAAUAUGAUCAACCGGUUCUUGAACAACACUUAUUUUMCCAUCAUGAAGAAAUUCAGUCACCCAAAGAAAUCAGUACUUGGAAGAUGGYCUUAAACUUGUUAAACUACAUGGAAGGCGUUGGAUUCCUUGCCAUUCCAUACGCUGUAAGAGAAGGAGGAAUCACUGCUCUCCUUGGGAUCUGCCUUCUACCUUUCAUMCUUGGAUAUACAGCAAAUCUCCUCAGCCAAUGCAUAGACGAAAAAGAUGAAACUGGACAAAUCGUAAAAAGAAGGCUUUCUGGCCUUCAGGGAUGACACAGAAGAAGUCGCACU